AUGGCAUCCCAGCAAAGCGACAGCCAUCCAAGCAACCGAUCGACAGCAUCGGGGCAUGGUAGAGGCCAGGAGAUGCGAGACGUCAACACCACCGAAGCGGAUUCGAAGCGCCGUGAAGAAGCUGAGCUGGCGAAGCAGCUCCACCGGGAACAGAUGUACUACGCCGAGAAGAAGGCUCAGAUUGGCAAGCAAGCCACCACAACGGGUUGUAGCGCUACGGUGCCCACCUCGACGCCCAUGCUCACAACGCAAGCGCAAGAAGUGCAUUUUACAGGUGAAACUGCCGUACAAGCAGUCAUGCGCCAGAGUAUGUCUAUGGAGCAGCUUCGUCUGCGUGAGUACCGCCGCAACCUGCGCGCUGUGCAUUCUCACGGAAUUGAUAAGGUACAUUGCCAGCGGAAAGGCCAGGAGAGGAAUGCAGCGCAGGUAAAAGCGCUUGAGGAGGAGCUCUCGAAGAUGACUCUUUGA